AUGGCCCCCAGCUCAGAGAAACCGUUCGCCUGUUCUUGGUGUGAUGUCCGCUUCACAAGAAAGGAACAUCGGACUAGGCAUGAGCAAGCGCAUUUCCCUAGGCGACAAUUCAAGUGCUCGAUAUGCCACAAAGACUUCUUGAGAAAAGACGUGCUUCUACGACAUGCGAGGUCGAUGCACGACUCAACACGAGGAGCCGGAAUGCAACAGAUCACCGAUUGCACUACACUCAUGGAUAAUAGGGGUUCCAACAAGUGCACUUCGCCUGUUGGAAAUAUGGAUGUUGCUGCGCCUCCGGAUGCCUACGCAGUCAAUGGUGAUGCCUUUGCAGUGCAUGCUGGGGAACUCUCUCCUCACCCCCCGGGAAGCAACGAGUCAGAAAUCUGCCUCCUGAAUGAUGUUCUGAACUUUGACUUAUUCGUGCAAAACUUGGAACCCCUAACUUGCAUGGUCGGGAAUGACGUGGUAAGUCCAUUGAACGCCGAACAGAAGAGUGUGGACAGCUCCCCAAGUCGAACAAUGGGUUUAGUCUACUAUCUUGAAGAUAAUUGCAACGUCAAUAUUCCAAGUGAGAUUGGCCAGUAUAACGGGGGUAUACACCAGAAUACACGAAUUGCAGAAGAUGGGUCGCAGUAUUACCGGCCGACGAAAUAUGCUGCUCAACGGUAA